AUGACUAACAUCAUUCAUAAUAAGGAGUAUUUCAAAAGAUUUUAUAUUCAAGCCGUGGAUGCCGCACUUGAAUUUCUGAAAACAAGAUUCAAGUCCGAAGGAUUUCUUUUUGCACAAAACGUUAAAAACUCAGAUCUUAAUGCUUUGAAUUUGCAGGAUCAGGAUGUAAAAGUUUUAAAGCUUUUAAAAUAUUACGAAAAUGAUACAAAUGUAGAUCGCCUUAUUCUACAUCUGAAAAUGUUUCGAGACCUCAUCUGCCAUGGUUGUAGUAAUUCAAAAGGAAAUCCAAAUUAUGCAAAAUCAGAGAGAAGUUUCUCAGCCUUAUGCAGUCUAAAAACGAAUCUGCGAUCCACAAUGGGACAGGAGAAGCUGAACCACGAGGAGCGAUACUGCAUUGCUACUGAACCUUAA